AUGAGCGGGUCCCUGGGCUGGGCGGCAGCGGCUCUGCUCCACUGGGGGCGCGGCGCGGGCGGCGGCCUGCAGGGCCCGGGCGUGCGGGCGGUGAGCUCGGGCGGCAGCGGCUCGUCGGAGCACCUGGACGCGCUGGUGAAGAAGGACAGGGUGGUGGUCUUCCUAAAGGGGACGCCGGAGCAGCCCCAGUGCGGCUUCAGCAACGCCGUGGUGCAGAUCCUGCGGCUGCACGGCGUCCGCGACUACGCGGCCUACAACGUGCUGGACGACCCCCAGCUCCGGCAAGGCAUUAAAGACUAUUCCAACUGGCCCACCAUCCCGCAAGUCUAUCUCAACGGCGAGUUCGUGGGGGGCUGUGACAUUCUUCUGCAGAUGCACCAGAAUGGGGACCUGGUGGAAGAACUGAAAAAGCUGGGGAUCCACUCCGCCCUCUUAGAUGAAAAGAAAGAUCAAGACCCAAAGUGA